GCUGCGUACGGUAGAAAUUGAGAAAAUCUCAACUUCGCAAGAAGGCACCAGCCAAUCAAAUUGCAUUUAAUCAAUUACUCAAGCACAGGCGAUAGACAAUGUAGUUAGGUCAAUGCAAAUACAGGCCGUGUUUGAAAGUGUGUUUUGUGGAUCCAAAGGUGUGGCAACAAUCGCUCCGGGGUGUCGGAUCAGGAAACUAAGGUUUUGUUCAGGAGGACGAAGGAGGGAGGCGGACGCACUUGUGAAAUUCACACCAUUUAUGUAUUCGCAAUUCAACAUGCCAAAUACAAGGUCAUCACAUUCAAGGACUACAAACAUGGCUCACACGGUGCAAGGUCCCGUGGUUGGCCGGCCAUUGGCAUUCACCAAUGAAGAGCGGAGGGCUGUUCACUCCUGGUCCCGGAUCUCGUCGGCCGGGCACAACGUCCUCCUGGAUGCUCUAAAGAUCCUCAGUCCGAUGUCCCGCGACCUCUCUGGCACCGGGGAGCUGGUCACCUUCCUGCAGGACCUGAACGAGGAGGGCCACAAGCCCACCGUGCUGCGCAGCAAGGACGUGUACGGCUACCGCUCCUGCACUAACCAACCCAUGACUGAAGACAUGCUCAAGCCACCCAACAAGAACGUCAGACCUACUGCCAAGAGAAGGGGGAGGAGGGCCCUUGUCAAGAAGAGAGAAGUACACCCAUCCUGGAACAAUGCUGAGUCUUGCAAUCCCAGAAUUCAAGGGGUCCGCCCUCCAGAGCCCCUGGCGGACCAUCACGCCAUUGUCUGCAGCAGGACAUCCAUUCGGACUGCAGAGAUGUCGCAGGCACAGCAGGUGCAGCCAUGUCUCAGAUUGACCAACAUCGAAGGCAUGUCGGGCUUCCACACUGCCAGACUCCAGAUCCACACUACCUGGGACUCGUCCUCGGAGGCGCCCUCUGUUGUUUUUUCACAGCAACAGCACCCUCCGACGCUUUCAGGAAUACCUUUGCUGCCUUCUCAGAAUGGUGGCGGGGCGCCCACCAAAGCCGUUGCCUUGUUUAGCCAGAAGAGCCUGUCCUGUCCCAUCCGACUCGACUGCGCCCUCAUCGGAGAUUCUGCUCCGGUCUUCUGUGCUAAUGGUCGGGCUUUUCCACAGACUCACACGGACCUGACCAGCAACGGCUGGAGGAGCAACGGCUUCCAGCGGGACAGUCGGGGCCCCAAGGAACUGAACAGCCCAACCCGGCAGAGAAACAACUGGAAGGACAAGAACAGUUUUAGAUGGAAAGUGAUAAAGGUGGACGACUCUCGAUCGGUAGCUGACGCCCGCAGAAAAGCGCAGAAGAUGCUACAGGUCAAUCUGUCGCCAGUGAUCCAGAUCCAACCUCUCAAUCACGUUCUGAGAGACUUCAGAUACCAGAAUAACUGACAGUCCCCCUCAAACCCACGCACAUCGUGUCCCUUUAGCAGAUGUUAACGUUUUACGUCCAUUAGCCUCUUACCUGGCUGAGCCCCAGUGUUCAUAGCAGACAUUGUUCAUGGAUUUUUGUCUCUGCUGGGUGUUGUAGGUAAAGAAGCUAGUCUCAUUGUGGAAAUUCUGGUUCCUGAUGGGGGCACUCGGGAUUGAAAGGCAUUCAAAGUUGGGUGAUGCUUUUCCUAGCAGGCUGGGAAAUGACUAUCGACCGAACGCUGGUGCAUUUUCAAUAUGUUGCCAUUUAAAAUGUACCAGCCACACAAUACUAAAGCCAACCAUCAUUCUGCUUGAAUCGACUGGCAGCUCGCCGAUGUUGGUGAUACAUUUUUGGAAGCAGUGUCCGCUUUGGCUUUUAGGUCAAAGGGUAAUUUUCGGCCCUUAAACAUGCCACUUGGUGGGACCGGCAAGCGUUCGAAAGAGCAUUUAUGCAUUUGUAAGUAAAUAAAGUAUGGGACCAUAUUGCCAAGUAUUUUUUACUUGCCUACAAAACAGUGCCAUCACUUUGCAAAGGAGGAGGAAAUGAAAUUAGUGGCGGAAUAGGACGAUGCCAUUUCACGCCCAGACAAGCAGAGGUGGUGGUUGGUUGGUUUCGGUAAAACAAACAAGCAGAGGGUAAAAGAGAGGAAAAAGUGUUUAUUUUGUCUUCCCUUUUUUUGUAUUUUUGUUGUUUCCACUGGAAAUCAGUAAGGAGUACAGCAGGGAAUCGAACCCACGGCACACGGAUACCUAGGCUGAUUUGUUUGAACCACAGUCCUUCACAAAGUGUUCCUUUGGUUCCGUUUAUUCACACAUGGAGAAAAAAUUACAAUUAUUUUUGACUGUUGGGAAUAUUUGAUGCCUCGCAGUGACAAAACAUGACUCGGUAACAGUAGCAUCAGAAAGUGGCGAGUACGGAGGAGGAAUCUGGCCUUUUUUUAUUUUUUUAAACACGUCUGAGAUUAACCUUCAAAUCUUACAUGUGAGAAAACAUUGAGAAUUCUGGGAUACAAGAACUGUUGUUUCAAUCUCAAAGACUUCUCAUGUUUUCUCAAUGUUUAUCUAGAAUAACUGUAAUUCCGGAGUUAAUUCUCAGCAUCGUGGCUUUUCCCCUCAAAAUUCUUCCAUUCCAAAAUGUGGCCUUGGUCCACCUCUCUACGUUUAAAGGUGUUUUACAGAUACGAAGAUGAAACACUGGGAGAAAACCAUCAGCUGCUGGUCGAAUGCUGCUCAUGAUUUGCUUUUGCCCGAUACGUUUCUGCACUUCACAGGCAAACCAACCGUCAGUCGGGGUCCUGCUCUGAGACGAGCGGCUGGCUGGUUUGUGGUGAAAUUUUGUUAACAUGAGCCGCAGGCCUGUAUUGUUCCUUGAAAAUGCAGCAUAUGAAAAUCUGAGUUGAUGUCGAGAAUCGCGCGACAAACUUUCUGUUUUGGUUUCGUGAAUUCAUCAGAUGUGAUCACUGUUGUGACUCCUAAAAAAAAAAAAAAAAAGAAGCACUUUGUGUGUGACAGUGUGAUGCGCUGUCGCCUGUUCUUCACCAUGAAAGUCCUCAGUAUUUUUGUUUGCUGCAGCACGUAGAAAAUAUUUAAAAUAAUUUGAAAAUUUGGUUUGACUUCACUGGGUUUUUUUUGCUGCUGGUGCUAACUUUGCAACGUUGGUGCUGAAUUAAAUGACGGGCACUGGAAUGUCGUCCUGUUUUUUCCUCUACCGGUUCAGACGGGAGCGUUUAAAGAAAAGCAACGACUUCCUGCGAGUCCUCCUUUGAUGGGCCGGUGGUGUCGCUGCCCCCUGCAGGUUUGAGAUGAGAAGGGGGGUUUCUACUGUGAGGAUAUUAUUAUCUGUGCGAAACUCUGUUUAUUCUUAUGACAAAUUUAGUUUUUUGGACAAAACCACAUCCACAAGAUGAAUAAAUUAUUAAAAGAAUUUGGCCCACAAUUUUUUUUUUUCCCCCAAGUCGUCCACUCGUCAGCCAUUUUGUUAAG